AGCUCUGCAGAGUGAGUGCGGCUGCGGGUGACGGCGCGCGUGAUGGCAGUGGUGUAGCAGUAGCAUCUCGGGCGUCACGUUGGUAGGUCGCCCCUGCCUAUCACAGCGAGGGGCGAGGUGAGGCGCGCCAAACUUGUUCACCAGUCAGUGUCCCAAUCCUACCUUCAAAAGGACAUGCAGCAGAGUCUUACUGGCCUGACAAGGCUCUCUGUGAUAAGCAACACUAUCUGACAAAAUAAAAGGCGAUUCACAUAGUAAAAGCUGAUAGCAGAGUGCCGAGUACACUUCCUUGCCAACUUUGUAUCCUGAUAACUGCUUUUAAGAGUGGGAAAAACGUGAACAUUACAGUGACGUUUGUUAGUGAAGAGCGUUGCAUGUUACAUUAGCCUACAGAGCACGUGUGCACUUCGUCUGACUCUGUUAACAAUGUUAAUAUAAGUUCUGCAACACUGGAGUACAACAGUAAUACUGUGAGUGGUUGAAGGCGUCACGAGAACAGGAGCUGCUGAAGAGAGGCAUCGUCGUCAGGAGCCUCGACCUUUCACAAACGAGUGAUGGCAUCGUAAGAAAUCACUAGUUGAUCAACACUUAGCUGGGAGAAAGUAGCGUGACUGUCACCUCAUCCACUAAGCGGGAGCGGCAGAUGACAGAGGCACAGGAAGUCUCCCGAGCCUUCCUGGGCACGUACAGUCCCUUGGUGACGAUGGAGGAGGAGGCAGCCAUGGACUGGGAGGCGUCCCUCACCACGACAAGCUCGGCCAACGUGUCUCUGAGUUAUAAGCCUUACGAGGAGCGACCAGAAACGUACAUCGUGCCCGUGCUGUUCGUGCUCAUCUUCGUGGUGGGCCUCGUAGGUAACGGGACGCUGAUCGCCAUCUUCGUGAGGAACCGGAACCUUCGCAGUGUGCCCAACACGUACAUUAUCUCCCUGGCGCUCGGGGACCUGCUGGUGCUGCUCUUUACGGUGCCCUUCAACAUGGUCAUCUACAUCCUCGACUCGUGGCCGUUCGGGAACUUCGUAUGUAAGUUUAGCGAGCUGGUGAGAGACGUGUCUGUGUGUGUGACCGUGUUCACCCUCACAGCGCUCUCCGCAGACCGCUACCUGGCCAUCGUGUCCAACGUCAGGAGGGCAGCAGGCGGGGUGGGGCGCAGGACGGUGCGGGUGGCGGUGGGCAUCUGGGUGGCGUCAGGAGUCCUUGCCUUGCCUGCCGCCCUCACGUCUGGGGUGAGAGAGUUUUCUGUGGGCCACAAGAAUAUCACCGUUUGCGUACUCUUUUCCCAAGACUUGCCGCUCUGGUACUCUAAAGUGUACGUGGUGACCAAGUUCCUGCUGUCGUACCUGCUGCCGCUGUUGGUGAUAGCAAUCUUCUACCUCCUGAUGGCGAUGCACCUGCUGUCCGCCGACGACGUGCCACAAGAGUCGCACGUGUUCCAUCGGCAGCUCAGGACUCGAAGGAAGGUGGCCAAAAUCGUGCUCACCUUCGUACUCAUCUUCGCCGUGUGUUUGCUUCCCACCAACGUGUUCCUGGUGUGGUACUACGUGCUGCCCUACGGCUCCUACAAUGACUUCUGGAACGCCAUACGCAUCAUUGGCUUUUGCCUUUGCUUCCUCAACUCCUGCAUCAACCCCAUCGCGCUGUACUGCAUCUCUGGCACCUUCAGAAAAUAUUACAACCAUUACCUGUCCUGUGUCCUCUGCUGUUGUAAAGACGGCGGCGGGACUGGCGGCACGCGGGCCCUCCUGCAGCCCUCAAACUCUGCUUUUUCUCGCUGUCGCUCCUUCACCAUGCGAGGCACGACGGAGACCAUCACCCUCACCACCUUAGUGCAGGACCGCCCUUCCCCUGCCACCUCCUGACACACGUCUCCUCAUCCCUGCUCCCCCUCCCUCACCCGGCAUGCCUCGUCCCUGUCCCUGCCUCCUCCCCCGCCCAUAGUGCUCUAUUGAAGCUUGACUCGUCCAGUGCGCGUCAGCUCCUUGUGGUGAGGGACAAGGACGUGAACCGGAGCGCUUCUUGUAUCUAUGCCGAGGUUGAGUUGUGAGGUCUGUGUGAAGUGUUGUGCUGAAGGGUGGACCAUAGGCCAAGGUAGCUCUGGAAUCAACGAAAGAAAAAUUUCACGCUUGUCUAGAGAUUUAUGAGAGAAGUGUGAAUAGGAAGUAGUUCUGAAGUUAUCACAGUUGUUAUUAUUUUACUAGCGGUUAUCAGGAUGUAGUCUGAUUUUUUAUAAAAGUUCAUGUCUCGUGUGCUCGAAUCAACACACGACGUAUGGGAACUAUUACAUUUCAACAUUCGAGAACAAUGGACUUGAUAGGAUGAAGGCGAAGGCGGCAAAGAAAAUUGACAGGGCAUCUGAGCAAAAUGAGGAGAGAGAGGAAAGUAAAUGAGUCAUGGCAGUAAGUUUGAUAAUAAAGAAGUUCAAAGACAGAAUGGUUCCAACCCUCUCAUUGUAUGUAAGGCUUUACAGUGACACCAGGCGGCGUCCAUGUAGGGAGCAGUCUGCAGUGGGUUUUGGCCCUUUCCAGUUACGGUGUGUGUGUGUGUGUGUGUGUUUUGUCUGAGUCAUUGCCGUGUGUGGGAUUGCCGGCAUUUAGUAUAUAAUUAACUUGUAUAGAUAAGUGUGUGUGUGUGUGUGUGUGUGUGUGUGUGUGUGUGUGUGUUGCUACGAAGUGACCAGAAAUAGCACACGCCACACACGUUGUAAUUAUAGUUAAUAAAGUGUGAAAAGUGAGAUGUCAUUUAAAGUAUUUUCUACUCGGGAUGUUUUUAGAACCUUGUAUGCGUAAACUUAGAUUUUAAAGAAUUUGAAGGUGAUUUUACCAGGUCGUGUGCAAUUCAAAUUAGUAAUUAGUAAUGUACAAACUUGCACUAUCAACGAGGUUUUCCAUCAGUAUGUCAGACAUGAGAACUGAUGAGAAAGCUGGCAAUAAGUUCAACAUGAUAGCAAAUAUAGUAAUGUCUAAGUUAUAUUGUUGUACUGCUGUGUAAUAUUUUGUCUUGAAACCUCUUGACUGUUUAUGGCUUAAUAAAAGGAUGUGAUACA